AUGUCCGUGGUCAACAGCACCUCUUCGCCGUUGGAAAACGGCGGAUACGGCUUGCAUCGUGGUUUCAGCACCAGCUCUGACAAAUUGGGACCCAUCACCACGCCUGGAAACUCCUCUCCGGUACAUCAGGGCUCCCUGGGCUUGGCUGGAUCGAGCUCCAGCAACAACAACUCGCCCCUCCAUUUGGCCACCAUGCUCAAUAACUUGGCCAUGAGCGGCUCAACUUCGCAAGGUAACCACACCCAAGGUCCAUACAUACUCAAAAUGAAAAACGUUCCACACGACGCUACGCUGCGAGAAUGCCAUGCCGUUUUCGCAUUGGCGGACGGUGUGAAUAACAUCAAUCUUUGCACUCAGCCAGCUACCGAGGCGAAUAACUAUAAUCAAACUAGCGAGAUAGAGGCAACGUUUGACUCCUUGCAUUUGGUUACCCAUUAUGCGUCGAUACUGGACGGAAAGUCGCACAUAUUUGGCCCAGAAUUUCCAUAUAGAUCGCAAGUGGAAGUUUACGACGAACAUUCUCAUCAGCAUAUCCCUUUCAGUCAACAUCUGCAACCGUCUCCUGAUCGCCAGGCUCAAAUAUUGUCACAAACGACUUUACAGCAUCCUCAAUCCCUACCUCAAGGGGAGCAACAUCAAGCACUGCAAUCAAAACAACACGAGCAAAAUGAACAAAUGACGAAUCAACAACAGCAUCAACAACAACAAAAUGCAUUUAGACUUCCUGGUACUUCAAGUGUGGUUUCCCCUCCUCAAUCUGCAUCUUCUGCUAAAAGACCCGGCCUAUACGGUCAAAGGUCUAGAUUCUCAUUUUCUGAUCCUUUCACGACUGACGGUAACCAGCCAUCUCAACCUCAAUCUCAAGAUGCAGCUACUACGCCGCUCAAGUCUCAAGACGCUGGAAAGUCUUUUUUGCUGAUGGAGAACGACGAGAUCAACGAAAGCAUUUGGGGUUCGAAUGGCGGCAUGCCAUCUAGUAUGGGUGGUCUUGCGACUACUUCGCAACCUCCCACACCUUCGUUAGAAUGGGGACCACCGCAAAGGAAGCAAAGCUCUUCUUUUUUCAAUUCGGUUGGUACAAAUUCUAUUCCAAACAACGACAUGUCAGCGAUGAAUCUGUCGGCAGGUAUGCCUCAUCAGAUGGGAUCUUCUUUGCAGCAGCACUCUAAUUUGCCUUUUACUGUAGUGGGACCAACCUCUGCGACCGCUACGACAUCUACAGUCGAUAUGCCCCUGCCUCCACAAUCUCAGCCUAGACAGCAGCAGCAGCAAUCUCAAUCUCAGAUGAUGGUCACAGUCGGUAGCCAGCCACAAGAGCCUCAAGGCACCAACGGAUCUCAGAAAUCCGCAGGGCCAAGAACUAGCACUUCCAAAAGCUCUCAAUCCAAUCUUGCGGUGCCUCAAAAAACUGCCUCAUCUUCAUCGCUACCGUCGACGAGUGGGAUCUCUCAGGUAGACUUGUCUUUGUUGGCACGGGUCCCACCUCCAGCAAAUCCGGCUGAUCAAAACCCUCCCUGUAAUACAUUGUAUGUUGGAAAUCUGCCACCAGAUGCUACCGAACAUGAGCUUCGCCAGCUUUUUUCCACACAAAAGGGAUUCAGACGUUUGUCUUUCAGAAACAAAAACACGAAUGGAAAUGGACAUGGCCCAAUGUGUUUUGUCGAGUUCGAAGAUGUCGCACAUGCUACUCGUGCUCUUGCCGAGCUUUAUGGCAGGCAACUCCCUCGCUCUAGUACCCAGCAUAAUAAUAAGGGCGGAAUUAGAUUAAGUUUCUCCAAAAAUCCUUUGGGGGUAAGAGGGCCUAAUAGCAGAAGAAGUGGGAGCGGUGCAAGUGUCGGUAACGGAAAUUACAGCUACACGACAGCCUUCGGCAAGUAA